UAAUUAUGGCUGAUAAAGGACCUUCUCCUAUUUCUCCUAUCGCUAAAGAGAUUGAAGAAAAAGCCGAACAGGUUAAGGAAAAGCUUAAACAUGUAGAAACAAAAGAAAGUAAUAAAUUACCUACAGCUGCAGGCAAGUUUAUAUUUAUUUUUACUGCGGAUUUAAAUUUAUUUAAAACAAAAUUAAAGUUGAAUGCCUUUAUAGAAAUCGAAGCCGAAAAGAAAGAAGCCGAAAAGUAA